AUUUCCUUGUUCCGCUUGAAAUUUGCUCUGUCUGUCUCUGUUUCUUCCCAUAAAACAACAAAAAGGAGAAGUAGAGAAGGGCAAACAUGGCGGCGCAUGGCGGAAAGAUGAAGUCCGUUUCCAUUAACGGUGUGAAGAUGUACACAAUUUCUUCCCACCAGCGCUCCGUUGCUGCUUGGCUUGGUCCCAAAAAGCAACGCUCCCUCCGCAAAGACAAGAAUUAUACGGAGAGGUUAGAGUUGAUUCAGGAUUUGAGAUUCGAAAUCGCUACCUCGAAAAUCAAGAUAACACCUGAUGGGGAGUACCUAAUUGCCUCAGGUAUAUAUCCUCCACAAGUGAAGGUAUACGAGCUUAGGCAAUUUUCAAUGAAGUUUGAGAGGCACUUGGUUUCCGAAAUAAUUGAUUUUCAGGUGUUGGCUGAUGACUAUUCAAAACUUGCAUUCCUAUGUGCUGAUCGUUCUGUUAAUCUACAUGCAAAAUACGGGAAGCACUACAGUCUGCGGAUUCCAAGGAUGGGAAGGGAUAUGGCAUAUGAUUGCUGGUCUUGUGACUUGCUUUGUGCUGCUUCAUCACCAGAUCUAUACAGAAUUAAUUUAGAACAGGGACGAUUCCUAUCCUCUCUUAACACACAGUCGCCUGCACUGAAUGUGGUUUCUAGAAGUAAGUUUCAUGGAUUAGUUGCUUGUGGUGGUGAGGAUGGCGCUGUUCAAUGUUUUGACAUGAGAAUGAAAGCUUCAAUUGGCAGAAUAAAUGCUGUUGCUACCGCUGGUGAUGCAGAUGAGGAAGUUACUGCAAUAUCGUUUGACGAGAGUGGGGGUUUUCUCAUGGGUGUUGGAAGCAGUGGAGGAAAGGUGCUAAUCUAUGAUUUGCGUUCUUCAUCUCCUAUCCGAGUCAAGGACCACAUGUAUGGCUCCCCAAUAUUGGAUAUUAAGUGGCAUAGUACUCUGAACUUUGACCGACCAAAAUUAAUUUCUACAGAUACACAUAUUGUUAAAAUAUGGGAUCCUGAGACGGGAGAAGGAAUGACCAGCAUUGAGCCAACAGCUGGGGCAAUCAAUGAUAUCUGUGUGUUCAAUGAUAGUGGGCUGAUGGUUCUGGCUUUGGAUGGCAGCCAGAUACCUGCUUAUUUCAUACCUGCUUUGGGACCUGUUCCCAAGUGGUGUUCUUCGUUAGAAUCUCUAACGGAAGAGCUUGAGGAGGGUGGACAAACAAGCAUAUAUGACAAUUAUAAAUUUUUAACAAAGGAGGAUCUUGAGAAAUUGAAUUUGACAAAUCUAAUUGGGACCAAUCUUCUGCGAGCCUACAUGCAUGGGUUCUUUAUUGACUAUCGUUUGUACAAGAAGGCAAAAGCAUUGGCUGAUCCUUUUGCAUAUGAAACUUACAUAGAGCAGCGAAAACAAGAGAAACUGGAGGCUGAGCGUCGCAACCGUAUUACGAUGAAGAGGAAAUUACCCAAGGUUAAGGUUAAUCAAGAGCUUGCAGAGCGGAUCCUGGAGAAUGAAGAUGCUGAAAUUGAAAAGAACGAUACAGGUGAUAACGAGAUUAAGAAAACUUCGAAGAAGAAAAAGAAAGCUGCACUUAGCACCGAAAUAUUUAAAGACGAUCGGUUUGCUCAAAUGUUUGAAAAUAAGGACUACGAAAUCGAUGACCAAUCACAAGAGUAUCUUGCCUUGCAUCCUAUGGGUGCCAAGAAACAACCCUCACUGGUUGAGGAACAUUUUGAACCCGUCAUGGAGAGUGAUGAUCUUGUUUUGAGUGAUUCUGAUGUUUCAGAAGCAUCCCAAUCAUCGGAAGAUUUGAACGUAAAUCAUAAAAGAAAGAAAUCACAAGGUCCAAGAAUGUAUGAAGUUAAAGAUACGCGUCAUGCGGAAGCAUUUGGGAAUAAAGUUUCACUCGCAAAGGAAGAUUCACUUCCGAUAGGAGAGAGAGUGAAGGCGCUCCGAGAUGACCAGUUUUCCGGUUUACCGAGCGAUGUGAAGUUGGGUCCAGGAGGGUCACGAGAGAUUUCCUUCCGUGCUAAAAGUUCAGCCAAAUACAUGGAGGACGAUGAGGACAAAAUGACACGGCACAAAAAGAGGGGAGUUCAAUCAUUAGGGUUGAAGCCAGAUAGAUCCUCGUUUGAAGGCCGGGGUCGAGGCGGUGGCAGAGGCCGAGGCCGAGGCAGAGGAGGUCGCGGGAGAGGAAGGAGAGGCAGAAGGUGAACAUGUCUUGCGCUUACAUUGUUCAAUUUUGUGGUCUAUCCAUGCACACCAAGUAUUGAAAGCAAAGCCCCAUGCUGAUAUGAUCUAUAAGGCCAACGGCAGAGUUUGAAAGU